AAGAACUUUCCCAUUCGACACUUCGCGCGCUUUAGUUUAAUCACAUAUCUAGCUUACAACAGAGAAAGGCCAGUGAUAGUGAAAUGAACGAACCGAAUCUUUACCAGAAAUCAAAUGGAGUGCAGCAGCGAGAUGCCCAAGAAGUUCUUAAUGAGUAUCGACACAUUUUUAAGUGUAGAUCAACGACCAACGAUGGAUCGCUGUUGGACAUAGGAAGUGGCAGUGGUGAUGUUUUGAUUGAUUUUGUACUGCCGUUGUUACCUUCCGACUUUUCACGUGUUCUUGGUAUCGAUGUAUCAGAGAAGAUGGUUCAAUAUGCCGCCAAAGUUCAUUCAGAUAUUCCAAAUCUACAUUUCGAUUGCGGAGAUAUUGAAAAAGAUGUCGAUACAAUCGUUUCCAAGUGGGGUCAUUUCAAUUACGUUAUAUCGUUCUAUUGCUUGCAUUGGAUUAAAGAUCAAAGGAAGGCACUAUCGAACAUCAGAAACCUACUAGCGGAAGGCGGAGAAUGUUUGCUGGUAUUUUUAGCCUGCAAUCCGAUCUACGACAUUUUCUAUGAACUUUCACGACAUCCCAAAUGGGCCCCGUAUAUGACAAAUGUGGAAAAGUUCAUCUCCCCAUAUCAAUACAGCUCGAACCCGACCGAAGACAUCAACAAACAAUUGACCCAUGUCGGUUUCAGUUUCCAUAGCGUAAAGGUGCUAGAUAAAAUCUACAUCUACGAAGGAGAAGAGUGCAUGAGAAAUGCCGUGAAAGCUGUAAACCCGUUUCGGGAGCAGAUGCUGCCGGAUGUACAGGAAGAUUUUAUGAACGAUUAUGUCGACGUUGUGCGUCGUAUGCUCGUGAGUCCGGAUAACAAAUGCGAUGACAACAACUACAGUGUGAUAACCCCUUAUAAGUUAGCGAUCAUUUAUGCUAAGAAAUAAGUGUGUUUUGUUUUUGAAAAAAAUGUCAUGAUCACAAAUAUGUUAGUAUAAGUUAUUGGGGUUACAAAGAGGGUUAUUAGAUUUAGAUUUAAAGGAUAUUCAUGUGAUAAUGGUUUUAAUGUUGUUAUUCUGAGUUGGCUUUUUGGCAAUUUUAAGCAGUCAAUUGGAAAAAUUUUAAAUCUUUGCUUAAUAAAAUGAUAGGAAAUGUCAAAAACUUGUGUAC